UCUUGCACACAACAUGUCAGAAAUCCAUGUUAGGAUGUUGCAUCACCUGACCCUCCCUACAGAACAACCCCAGUCCAAGUGAGUUUAGAAAUAUACAGCAGAGACAAAGAAUUCUUGCUGCAAGUUGGACUAGAAGUGCAUCAUGAAACCUUGGAUUCUUCUGUUCCUAGCUGGUCUCCUCAUCCUUUCAACUCAACUGGCAACAGCAAAGACCACCAAACAACUUUGUCCCCCAAAAGUCAAGCCGGGCGAGUGUCCCAAGGUCAAAAUUGGUCCUGACCAUCCAUGUAACCAAGAUUGUGCCUGCGACUCGGAAUGCGAAGGGAAUAAGAAAUGCUGCCCAGUCGGAUGCGCCAGGGAGUGUUUCAGCCCAGGACCCCUCUGAGCCCCAAGACCUGAUGGAGGAGCCAGCCGGAAGCAGCUAUUCCAUCCUCACAUCCAACCCGGCCAGAUAAAGUCUUCCUCCUGCGUGGCCCAUUCCCCUUUGGCCUCCCUGACUGCUGACCACU